GAUUGAAUGCGCUUUGUGUUCUUUCUGCUCUGCGACGUGACACCGGUUGUUUUGGGGAAAAGGAAAAUGUUUCUGCUUCUGCUGUCGCUUAAGUUGAUUAAGUCCGUGCGUCGUGGACGUGGACGUGGUCGUCGUCUUCGUUAUCGUUAUUGCCGUCGGUCGCGUCAAAGUCUUAGUCUUAGUAUCUUUGACGAAUAAAAGAGAGAUAUGAAAGAAGACAGCGAUCGUCGUUUUCAUCGUUGGCCUGGUGGCGUCCGGUGCGCUUGUAAGGUUAAGAAGAGAUGGAACGAAAACGAAAGAGUACCUAUCAGAGUGAAUUUUUGUUGGUAUUGUGUGUUGUUUCUUAAAUUAUUCUUUCACGAUCGUCGGCUGUGCACUUUGAGUCUGAUUAACGUGAACGUGGAAUGCUCAUGAAUGCAUACAUAUACGAAGCAAUAUACAUUUCUACAAUAUUUAAUUGUAUUGGUGGUGGUUUGGUUUAAAUCAAACUUUAUGGCACUCAGCUCUCAAAAAACCGAAGAAAAAAACUCUCAGCACAGAAUUUACCUACGAUUUUCAUCUUCAACGUGUGUGGAUGGUUUGUUUAUGCGCCCCCUCUACUAUAGCCCUCGAUCAUCGUGCAAGUAGUGAAUGAUCCGAUCGUGUGCGCCGGCAUAUAUAAAAGUAGCAAGGACAUAUGAACUGAACAUUAGUCGAAAUCUAUUAUUAACGCUGCGCAGUUUCGACGCUAGAGCUUAAAUAAUUUAACACUACUUUUUGUGUUUUUGUUUAUUUGUUUGUCUGAUGAAUAUCUCCAAAAAAUAGUAGUGCUAACUGAUUGUAAUUUUUUACGGAUUUUUUGACUAAACAUAAUAAUAUAAAAUUCAUUUUUGAAAAUAAAAAUAGAACUCUGUAUUUUAUAAAUACGUUUGAAGUUUACAACAUAAAUAAGAAAACUUUUUCAAAAUGUUAUCAGAAUCGGUUUUUAUAAAAUUGCUACUUGGCCAAUUGAAAAGCAAUGAUUUGCAACACACACUGUUAGUUUUUUUGAGCAUAAUAUCAGUGAUAAAAAUAAUUCAGUGGCUUAUGAAUUUGUACAAGGAAUUAAAAUCCUUGCCUCCAGGACCAUGGGGCUUGCCUGUUAUUGGGUAUUUAGCCUUUAUGGGAAAUGAAAAACAUACCAGAUUUAUGGAAUUGGCUAAACGAUAUGGGACGCUUUUUUCAACGCGUCUCGGUUCUCAAUUAACUGUUGUGAUGAGUGAUUAUAAAUUGAUAAGGGAGUGUUUCCGCCGGGAAGAAUUUACUGGUCGCCCGGAUACACCUUUUAUGCAAACAUUGAAUGGAUUCGGAAUUGUCAAUAGUACCGGAAAAUUGUGGAAGGAUCAACGUCGAUUCUUGCAUGAAAAACUUCGCCAUUUAGGUAUGACUUAUAUGGGAAGUGGCAAACAUAUGAUGGAAACGAGAAUAAUGACGGAAGUACAUGAGUAUAUUCACAAUUUGCACUCCUCCGAAGGCCAACCCAUGGACAUGGCCCCAGCCAUAUCGGUAGCAGUAAGCAAUGUCAUAUGUGGCAUAAUGAUGUCUGUUCGAUUUUCCAUCGAUGAUCCUAAAUUUCGACGUUUUAAUUUUCUUAUCGAGGAAGGAAUGCGUUUGUUUGGUGAAAUCCAUACGGUCGAUUAUAUUCCAACAGUUCAGUACUUCCCCGGUGUCUUGAAUGCAAAGAACAAAAUUGCCAAGAAUCGUGAAGAAAUGCAAAGAUUUUACCGUGACGUCAUCGAUGACCAUAAGGGAACUUAUGACGCUGGAAACAUUCGCGACUUGAUAGAUGUGUAUAUUGCGGAGAUCGAAAAUGCCAAACUAGAGGGUCGUGAUGGUGAAUUAUUCGAUGGAAAAGAUCAUGAAGAACAAAUCGUCCAAGUCAUUAUUGACUUAUUCUCAGCCGGUAUGGAAACGAUCAAGACCACUUUGCUAUGGAUCAAUGUAUUUAUGCUGCGCAACCCUGAAGAAAUGCGUCGAGUUCAAGAAGAGUUGGAUCAGGUUGUUGGCCGCCAUCGAUUGCCAUCUAUUGAGGAUUUGCAAUAUUUGCCCGUGACUGAGUCAACAAUAUUGGAAUCAAUGCGCCGCUCAAGCAUUGUACCAUUGGCUACAACACAUUCGCCUACAAGGGACGUGGAAGUAAAUGGUUACAAAAUACCAGCAGGCUCACAUGUAAUACCGCUUAUCAAUUCAGUGCACAUGGACCCUAAUCUAUGGGACAAACCUGAAGAAUUCAACCCGCGUCGAUUCAUUGACAGUGCCGGAAAAGUCCACAAGCCUGAAUUUUUUAUUCCAUUUGGCGUUGGUCGUCGUAUGUGUCUUGGGGAUGUACUUGCUCGCAUGGAGCUUUUCCUCUUCUUUUCAUCGUUUAUGCAUUGCUUCCAUAUAAGUCUGCCUGAAGGAAAACCAUUACCCAGUCUUAAAGGAAAUGUUGGCGUUACGAUUACACCCGAAGCUUUUAGAGUUUGUCUGACCCGCCGACCUCUUACCCUCGCCAAUCCUGAGCCAUUACAUCAAAGAAAUGUUGGUUUUCAUUGAAUCCUUACAUUAGCGCAUAACAGCGCAAUAAAGCGCUGCUGAGUGCAGAAAAUUUCCAAAGGAAAUAUAUUUCAAGUGAAAAGUGGCUCCGAUUUUUCAGAGCACGGUCUUGUUCCUAAAACUUGCAUAAAACAAAUUUACAUACAAACACAUUCAAAUCAAUAUACUGAUUCAUUUCAAAAUACAAAUAAAUACAAAUGUAUUCAAAAAGCACGAUUGCUGAGAAGAAAACGACGUGUAGAUGGCUCUAAGCGAAUCUUGAGUUCGGUGGAUGCUGUAAUCAUAUCCCAGAGCUGCUCGCUUCUAAGAUCAAAACACACACACUGGUCGAUAUCCAAACAAAAAAUAAAAAACGAGAUGGAAGCAUUACAAAACAAAGGCUCCUUUAUACAUACUUACCAAUUUUCUCCACCUCCGCGCUGUGUUCAGUUUAUUUUUAAACAAACAAAAACAAAAUUCUGUGGUUCUAGUUUUUAGAAAAUUUAUUAUGUAAUCACUCAUUAUACAAAAAAAAAAAGAAAACAAAAUCAAAUUUAUAUCACGAAAUAAAAAAGCCAUUUAUAUAAAUUACUCAUUAAAUUAACAAUAUUCAAUUAAUAUUUUUUU